CCCGGAAUACGACUCACUUUCAUGGCUUCGCGAAGCCCAGCAAUGUACUCCUCUCGCAGCAGUAAUCCAAUUGUGUUCAAAAUCACCUGACAUUGCAGCCUUACCCUCCCAAAACCUAUAAAUUCUUCCCCGAAUGACGCAUUCGUCUUAUCCUCUGUCUCCGAGGUUGGUGGCAAGUGGCGACAUAGCGAAAGCGGUCGUAUGCCACCAUGGCGUUUUUAAUUCUUCUUUGCAUGAUAGUUGCCGUUAAGGUAUUUAAGAAAACGUCACCGAAUGGCAAGGUCACCGUCUAUGUUGGCACACGUGAUUUCGCACAACGCGGUGAUCAGUGUGAUCCUGUAGAAGGCGUCGUCCUUGUUGAAACCGACUACCUGAAAGGAAGAAAGGUUUACGGGCAAGUCAUAACGACCUUCAGGUAUGGACGAGAAGAGGAUGAAAUCAUGGGAUUGCGGUUCUACCGCCAGCUCUACCUAGCUCACGACCAAGUUGUGCCCGAAAAGAAUCAGAUUGCGCAAGUUUCGGAUCUACAGCAACGUCUGCUCCGCAAGCUUGGAACGAAUGCCUACCCCUUCUGCUUCACGUUGCCCACCAAUGCUCCCAUGUCUGUAACUCUCCAGCCCGGACCAAAGGACCAGGGCAAGCCUCUCGGAGUUGAGUAUGAACUGAGAUUGUACGUCGCCGACGACGACAAGCAGAAACCGCACCGUCGUAGCAUGGUCAACAUGGCCAUCCGCAAGAUACAGUAUGCUCCACUGACGCAGAGGGAACGUCAGCCGACCACCGUCGUCUGCAAAGGCUUCAUGCUCAGUCCCGGAAAGGUGGAAUUGGAAGUGGUGCUCGACAAAGAGAUCUAUUUCCACGACGACAAGAUCAACGCCCAAGUCACUGUGUCGAACUUCUCGAAGAAGAGCGUCCGCAACAUCAAGAUCCUCGUCCUGCAGAACACGGAAGUGACCCUCGUCCACGGCCACUACAGUAAGGUUGUUUCCAGCAUCGAGUGCCGCGAGAAUUGUCCGAUCCCUCCUGGAGCUUCCUUCUCCAAGGAGUUCCACCUUCUGCCUCUCGCAUCCGAGAACAGGGACCGCCGCGGGAUUGCCCUAGACGGCAUGUUGAAGGAAACCGAGUCGUGCUUGGCAUCUUCGACGCUCAACCACGAGGAUGCCAUCGGUAUCAUCAUAUCCUACGUGCUGAGGGUCCAGCUGUACCUGGGCCCGAUGUCGGGUGACCUGAUCGCGGACGUUCCGUUCAAGCUUGCCAAACCGGAACCGGAGGACGCCUGUCCGAAGCUGCAGGAGAAGCGAGUGAUCGACAGGUCGAAGUUGAAGAAGCAGUUGACCCGCGAGAUGAGCACCAACUUGGUCUUCGAAGAUUUUGCGUGGCAUCGGCAAAUAAGUGAGGAUGCACAAGAAGGUUGAGUGGGAGCAAGUGAGGUUAGGGUAUUAUUGUGAUUAGUCCAUUUGAUUGUGGAGUGCAGCUUCAACAUCUUAAAGACUGUAGUUUCCAUUUCAGGGGUUUGAUAUGUAAUGAUAAUGCUGAGUCACGUUUCCGACUGAUAUGUGUUUUUGAAUAAAAUAGACUUUCGCAACAUGAUGGCAUCACGUGCA